AUAUUUAAAAUUUUUAUGGUCAAACAUAUCUUAUUUUUUAUUCAAGUAAAAUAAUUUUCGAAAAAAUAUGGAUAAUUUUUAUGGUUAUGCAGCUAAUAUAUAUAUAUAUAGUACUAAUAUUUCAGUUUCUGUUCAAACAGUAGCAACUUCCGUGUGUAGCUGAAAUUAAUCUCCAUAUUCUCCGACCAACUAUGAAGAUCAUGGUAGCGAUCAAACGUGUCGUUGAUUAUGCUGUCAAAAUCCGAGUCAAACCUGAUAAGAGUGGUGUAGAGACGAAAAAUGUGAAGAUGUCGAUGAACCCAUUUUGUGAAAUUGCCUUGGAAGAAGCUUUGCGGGUCAAAGAAUUGGGUUUGGCAUCGGAGGUAGUGGCUGUUAGUGUUGGUCCAUCUCAGUUUACAGAGACUUUGCGAACCGGGUUAGCUAUGGGAGCAGACAGGGCAAUUCAUGUAGAAGCACCUGAGAAUAUUUAUCCAAUUACAAUUGCAAAGAUUCUUAAAGCUCUUGUUGAUGUUGAAAAACCUGGUCUUCUUUUUCUUGGCAAACAGGCAAUUGACAAUGAUCAAAACCAGACAGGCCAAAUGGUUGCAGGACUUCUCAAGUGGCCACAGGGAACAUUUGCUUCUAAGGUUGUGCUGGACAAAGAAAAACAGGUAGCUACAGUAGACAGAGAAGUUGAUGGUGGUAUCGAGACAUUGUGUUUGAAUUUGCCUGCAGUAAUCACCACUGAUUUGAGACUGAAUCAGCCAAGAUAUGCAACACUACCCAACAUAAUGAAAGCAAAGUCGAAGCCAAUUAAAAAAUUUACACUGCAAGACUUGAACAUUGAGAUCAAGUCCGAUUUGGAAGUAGUUGAAGUAACCGAACCUCCCAAAAGGAAAUCUGGUGUUAUCGUUUCAUCUGUGGAUGAGCUGAUUGACAAGCUGAAGAAUGAAGCACGCGUAAUUUGAGUACACUGACUGUUCUUUGCUGAGCUGAUUGAUGACGAGCUGAAGAAGAAUGAAGCACGCCUAAUUUGAGCGUGCUAACAGCUGUUUGCUGCAAAUUUCGUCACUUUUACACCAAAUGUUUCUCUUGGUAAACUUUCAAUACUGUACAAUGUUCAUAACAAUGAUCACAUAAUGGAAAAUAUCUCCUAACACUAUUUUCUUUCA